UAUACUCGACCCCCAACUAGAUUCUGCUUUGGAGUACAAGAUAUAUAUAAAAACCAUUUCAUUUUCUUUGCUACCAACUCUUUUUCCUUCCAUAAAACGACAUAUACAUGGGGCUGAGAGACAUCGGAGCUGCGCUCCCCCCGGGGUUUAGGUUUUAUCCUAGUGAUGAGGAGUUGGUCUGCCAUUAUCUUUACAAAAAGAUAGCAAACGAGGAGGUCUUGAAGGGUACUUUGAUGGAAAUUGACUUGCAUACAUGUGAGCCAUGGCAGCUUCCUGAGGUGGCUAAGCUUAAUGCAAACGAGUGGUACUUCUUCAGCUUCCGGGACCGUAAGUAUGCGACGGGCUUCCGGACCAAUCGGGCAACAACAUUUGGGUACUGGAAAGCCACGGGGAAGGAUCGAACAGUCCUCGAACCUAGGACACGCGAGAUCGUAGGGAUGAGAAAGACUUUGGUGUUUUAUAGGAACAGAGCUCCAAAUGGGUUCAAAACCGGUUGGAUCAUGCAUGAAUUUCGGUUGGAGACCCCACAUAUGCCUCCUAAGGAAGACUGGGUGCUGUGUAGAGUAUUUCAUAAAAGCAAGGCUAUAACGCCAAACUUGGAGGACAGCACCAAACUCAGCCCACAGCUUAUGUUUGAGACGACAGCAUCAUGUGUCUCUAAUUCGCUUAUAACUUUAUCUCCAUCUCCUGAUCAUCCCUCUAACCAAACCGUGCCUUGUGGGUAUAACCAAAUCACCUCUUUUGCUUCAAGUAACCCCUCUCACCAAAACCAAAACCAAAACAAUUCCCUACUCAAUCUUCUUCAGUUCUCUCAAGAAAACACAAACAACAACAUGAACAACGAAAUUAGCUCUAAAGGUACUGAUCAUGAUGAAUAUGGGUUCUUAUGGGGCAUGAAUUUGGAAGAAAGUAGUUUGGAAAAUGGGGUCCCUUCAAACUUGGAAGAGAUGAGAUAUGAGAUCGACAACAGCAUGGUUUUCCUAUGAAAUAUAUAUACAUAUAUAUAUUAUAUAUUUAUUAUAUAUUUAUGUAUGUAUGUAUAUAAGAUUGAUACUAUACACAUAAUUAAUUCGUUGAUUUGCUAUUUAAGUAUAUGAUCAUGAUCAUGUGGUAGCUACUACUGCUUGGCUUUGAGAGACAAGCUGUAGUACUCAUGCUUGAUUUGAUAUAUAUUAGAAAGUUUGUUCGGAGUGUAUUGUGAUUAGGUUUUGUAUCUUUUGUAUACUACAGUUGUGGAACAAAUUAUAUGUCCAGUUGAAUUUAUAUUUCCUUA